AUGGCUGUCAUGUCCGUCGGGUUUAUGCUUCCAACGUCCCGAGACGCAAUCAUGUGGAGAGGGCCUAAGAAGAACGGAUUAAUCUCCCAGUUCCUCAAGGAUGUCGACUGGGGCGAGUUGGACUAUCUUCUUAUCGACACACCGCCCGGAACGUCUGACGAACACCUCAGUAUCGUUCAAUAUCUAAAAGAAAGCGGAAUAGAUGGCGCGGUUCUUAUCACAACCCCUCAAGAAGUUGCCCUCCAAGACGUGCGACGGGAGAUCGACUUCUGCAGAAAAGUUGGAAUUCAAAUCAUCGGCUUAGUGGAAAACAUGUCAGGUUUCGUCUGCCCCAACUGCAAAACUGAAUCACAAAUAUUCAAGCCGAGCACCGGGGGUGCUAAACGGCUUGCAGAAAAGACAGGAAUCGAGCUACUCGGAGCCGUCCCGUUGGACCCUCGGAUAGGAAAAAGUGCUGAUUAUGGUGUUAGCUUCCUCGAUGAAUAUCCUGACAGUCCGGCGACGACAGCUUAUUUGGAUAUUAUAGAUAGGAUAAAAGACAUCCUAGGAGACGACUAA